CCCCUCUAAUUGUUUUGGGGGUCCACACGGGGCGCGCAAGUGUAUAAAAUGGACAACAGAAGACGACACAACACAGCAGAACAACAAGAGAAAGGACGACAGCAAGCCAAAGAGGAUUCCUGCGCAUUUACUAGCCUUUCCUUCCUUCUACGGCACAUGUGUAAAGCGAUGUCACAACGUAGCGGCCCCCAGCUUCUUCUCCUCUUUGCCCUCUUCAGUGUGCUCUACUCCCGGACUCUCAGUCUGCCCUAUGCAUCCAUGAGACCAACGAGACACGCUGACGGUCUUUUCACCAGCGGCUACAGCAAACUUCUGGGACAGCUCUCAGCCAGGAGAUACUUGGAGUCUCUGAUUGGGAAGCGAGUCAAUGACGAGCUGAUGGACGAGCCGGUCAAGCGCCACUCGGACGCCAUCUUCACAGACAACUACAGCCGCUUCCGUAAACAGAUGGCCGUCAAGAAGUACCUCAACUCGGUCUUAACAGGGAAGAGGAGUCUCGAAAAUGCCGGCACGAGCGACCAGGAAGAGUCCAGGGACGAGCCCGACACCUUCCAGGAGAACUACGACGAUAUCAACGUCGACCACCUGCUAAACAACCUACAGCUGCCGCUUUGAGAAGAGGUCCCGACGUUUGGAGUCAAUGUGGCGAAAAUAUCCCUUCCAGCGACAACAACAACAAAAAUUGCAGCAUUCACCCAAAGAGCCCAGCAAGGAAGACACGCGUCCAGUGUGGUUCUUAUCUAGUUUUCCUCACUUAACACACGUAUUAGACCACCAGGCAUUUAAAAAAGAAAACAGAUGAAGAAAAGUUUGGAUGUGGAUUCUUUCCAUCAUUUUAAAAUGACGUUUUAUGCCAACACUGACUUAUAUUUGGAGCAAAUAUAAAUUCCCAUCAAUCAUCAAUGUUCCCAAAAAGCAUUUGCGGAAAGUUUUGGAUUAAUCUUGGUCUCAUUAUUUUUAUAUCGCAAAAAAUUGCCAUUUGAUUAGGGGUGUGUACACUUUUUACAUGUGCUGUAUCGGUGAGCAACGUUACAGAAACCUACCUACCAAAAAAAAAAAAUUAACCAAUGGUGGUCUAAUACAUUUGUUAAGCACUGUAUAUAUGUUUACAAUUUUUAUCUUCUAUUAAUGCUUUCACACAUGAACAUUGACACAAAAUUGCCCCAGAACUUUUCUUUGAAAUAGCAACAUUUAAUAGCGACACUUUCUUCCCCAAUAAAUACCUACUGACACCUUUGCAUUUGGCACUUAUUUACUUUAAACAAUUUGGGCCAGUCCCACUUGCAGUUAUGUGAAACUGCAGAGAUUGAAACCCCAUCAUAUUUGGACUUUGAAGAAUUCCCCACAAUUCCAAGUAACCCGUUUUCUUGGAACAUAUCGGUCGACCAUUUUGUUCACAUUAUGAAUGGAAAUACCUUUAUUCAAUUGCAACUAUAUCCGACUGGCUAACGUACUGAUGCUGAGGAGGCAAAGAAAUAACGUGAUUGAUUUUCCGAUGGACCCCAGAUGCAUUUCAUCACUUUCUACUAUUGCACUUGUAGAGCAAACACAGUCCUAACCAUGCAUGGAACUGCCUAUAGCAUCAUAUCAUGACGACAUAUGACGUAUGUACAGUAUGUAUGUGCGCCACUCACCAAAUAAAAGAUGUCCCUUUUAUUUUUCAA